AUGUACUUGAAAAUGGUUGUGUGCCUUCAAGAAGUUGAGAUACAGCAUUAUCAAGACUGGUUUGAACCCAAGCUGAGAGGAAAAGGUUAUGCUGGAUUGUACAAGAAAAGAUCUGGGGAUAAGACAGAUGGAUGUGCCACAUUCUUUAAGGAAUCAAGAUUUACAUUGGUUGAAUCAAAGCUUGUUUCCUUCAAUAAACCAGAAGUCAAACUAAUGGACCGUGACAAUGUAGCUGUUGUGGUUCUGUUGAAGCCCAGGACUACAGGCAGUUCAUCUCGCCACGCUAACAAUAUGGUGUGUGUGUCCAACACUCAUUUGCUUUUUAACAGAAAAAGAGGAGACAUCAAGCUUGCACAGCUGUCUUGCUUGUUUUCAGAACUUGAGGAAAUAGCAAGAAUUUCCCCGCCUGGUAAAGAAGGUUCUUCGUACUAUCCAAUCAUAUGCUGUGGAGAUUUCAAUAGCACUCCAUUUUCUCCAAUUUAUAGUUUUGUUGUGCAUGGUUUUCUUGAUUACACAGGAAUGCACCGUGAUAACUUUUCUGGGCAGAGCCAUUUUCGAAACAGUUAUCCACCAAAGUAUGCCUUAACAAGCAAUCUCAUUCCAUGGGAGUUAGGAAUUACAACUUCGUGUACCAAGAGAAAUGAGUCUUCAGAAACUGAUGGAAAUUCUUGUAGCAAUGCAGAGGGACAAGACAAUUUGCAGGCAUCAGGAUCUAGAAUUCGUCCUGUUUCAUCUUGUUGUGAUGGCUCAUUCCACGGUGCAGUACCGUUUGAGACUAGUGAAGGCAAUCCUUCAAAUUAUAGAAUUGCUGAAAAUCGUGUGGGAAAUAAUGAGUGUUCUCACACUUCCAGUUCUACACAGUGCAAUCCAGGGCAAAGUAAAGAACUUCAGUCUCCACAGAGUAGUUCAUCAUUGCCAAGGAUUGACACUGCACAGUCACAGUCACUGGAUUUCAUGGAGCACGAAGAAGGAAUACAAACCGGCAAGCAUUCUGUAACAGAUACGACUGAAAAAGAUGCCUACAAUGCCUGUACAAUCCUACGACACAAAUUUGACUUCUUUAGUGUCUACAGGCAUUACUUCAAAGGUGGGCAACAGGAAGUUACUACCUUUCAUGACCAAUCAAGUACAACUGUGGAUUACAUAUUUGUUUCUCCUGGGCAGCAGCAGUACUGCCGCAGGUGUCGGAGGCACCAUGGACCCCUACAGCUGACAGGAAACCUUGGCCUGUUGAGUGAAAGUGGUAUAUGGAAUCUUGAUGGCCAAGGACUUCCUAAUAAGUAUUUAUCUUCUGAUCAUCUUUCACUGGUAGCGUCAUUUUUGUUGCAUGUUUAAUUACUGUUAGUCUCCUUUUUAACAUUCUUUUAGCCUGGAUAGCAAGUGCAGUUAUUAGGGUGUGUUUGGCCCUUUUAGUUUCCAAGUUGUAUCAAAUUUUCAAAUCCUCGUCCAGCUCUUGAAGUUCCGUCAUGGGAGAUAUGUUCAACAGCUGCCAUUAACGAUUUUAGCAGUUCAGUUUAAAUUGCGCGUUUUAAAUUCUUGGUUUUUAAGCAGAAGUGUUUGCAAUCCAUUUGCGAUUUAUGCAACAUGCCCAGUUUGUGUUUCAUUUAAAAAAAAAGGAAAAGCUGUAGGUAAUGAUUUAAAUUUGUUAGUGCCAAUGAAAUAAAAACUGUUGGCUGAAAAUAAUAUUACAAAAUGAAGCGAGUAAAGAUGCCAACCGAUAA